ACUGAGAAAGAUCAUCAACAUUUUAUGCAAGGCUGGCCAAGAAAAUAGUAGCAUAUAGAGUACACUAGAUUGUAAUGUGUGCAUUGUUUAUACAAGUCCACAAUAACAAGGACUCCUCUCUUAACUAUCCUCCUCAGUGCCUCUCCAAUCCUGACUAAUCUCCGCCAGGCUGAUUUAAACAAAAUGGAAUCUUGUUAUAACAAGAUUGCCAAGUUCGCUACAGAAGCCUCAUGUAGGUCCCCUCCCUGUCUAUCACUUAAGCAGCUUAACUGGCUUGAGCUGCCUCAACUAUUGCUACUCGGUCAAUUCAGUGGCACGCAAGUUGUACUACCUUCCUGAUAAAACCCCAGCACUCUAGCAUCUAAUUCAACCCUAUGCUACUGCUAGAACCCUGAGAUCUAGUAACCAGAACCUCCUGAGAUCUAGUAACCAGAACCUCCUGAAUGUCAUCAAAUAUAAGAAUUAUGCUGACACGAAUGCAGAGCCUGCAGCCUGACCCAAAAGCCCGAUACAAGAGUGUGUACGAAGCUCUUAAAAGAAUUGCUGUCACAGAAGGAAUCUGGCGGCCUUUGCGAGGACUCAAUAUAACCAUGAUUGGUGCUGGACCAGCCCAUGCCUUAUAUUUUGCCUGUUACGAGAAAGUGAAAAGAUCUUUAAGUGAUGUUAUCCACCAUGGUAGCAAUAGCCACAUAGCAAAUGGGGUAGCUGGAACUUUGGCAACGGUACUGCACGAUGUUGUCAUGAACCCUGUAGAAGUUGUCAAACAGAGGAUGCAGAUUUAUAAUUCACCAUAUAAAGGAGUCUGGGAUUGCAUCUGGACAGUGCAGCGAACUGAAGGAACUGGUGCAUUUUACAGAAGCUUUACGACCCAGCUGACGAUGAACAUUCCUUUCCAGGCCAUCCAUUUCAUGACCUAUGAAAUUAUGCAAGAGUAUCUCAACCCUCGUAGAGAUUACCAUCCUGGAUCGCACAUCAUUUCUGGUGCAAUGGCUGGGGCAGUAGCCGCUGCUGCCACUACUCCACUCGAUGUAUGCAAAACACUUCUGAACACACAGGAAAAUGUAGCCUUAACUUCUGUUAAUAUCAGUGGACAUCUGUCAGGAAUGGCCAAUGCCUUUAGGACAGUGUAUCAGCUAGGGGGAAUUCCAGCAUUCUUCAAGGGAGUGCAGGCUCGUGUAAUUUACCAGAUGCCUUCCACUGCUAUUGCAUGGUCCGUCUAUGAGUUCUUUAAGUAUUUCAUCACUAAACAUCAGAUGGAGAGACAAACAUCAUACUGAAGAACUGAGUUUCUUUAAAUAAGCUACAGAUUUUGGUCUGGCAAAAUCAUAAUUUAAUACAUGUAUUAGUUUUGCAUUGGGACUUGUGUUGCUGGCUAAGGUUUAUGGUCUUCUUUUGGAGCCAUUUUCAACUCUAUUCCAAGAUUAUUGGCAACUAAACAUCUACGGUAUAAUAUAAAGGCCUUUAUCUGUGAAAAUUUCUGUUAUGUGCUACUUUCAUUCUGUUAGCCAUGUGGUGUCCUUAAUAAUGCUGCGUACGAGAGGGUGGUGUUUAUGAAAGGAAAGGUGGUGUGUAAUAAUUUUUCUGUGCUGAUUUCUUGUUUAGUAAUAGGUGCUGUACUGUAGCAUAUAGUCUUUCAUUUUAAAUCUCAACAUUCAGUUAUGAUAUUCUUGCUACUUACCCCUUUACUGGUAAUUUCUGAACCCAUUUUAAAUUGAUCCUGAUGUCAGCUACACAAGUACCCCUCCAAAAUGCACUUGACGUUUCACUACUGACAACAAUGCCUUUAAGACUGGAUCAGUUUUUUGGAGUUUUAUUUUAGAUUUGUUAAAACUUUUAAUUUAUGAAUAGGUUAAACAUUUUCCCAUUAUAUGACACACCCUGUUUUCCUUAAGUCAGUCAGCAAUGUUGAAAAUUCCAAUGUAAUGGCACAUUCCCGCUGAAGUUUGCAGAUUGUUGAGCAGUUUUUAACUGCACUUCCUGUGCAUUUUUUUUUUUUUGAAAUUUCUGGUGAUGCUGGCUUGAGAGGGUGUGCUGUUGCUGUUUACUGGAUUCGGAUAACUUGAAGUUUUUUUUACUUCGAGUAUGAGCCUUUUCUCCUGUUACAACAGGUUAUAUGCUGUAGUAAAAUGAGGAGCUUAGACCACACCUCACAGAAUAAUGUAAAUGUAUUUUAAUUUGCAUCUGUAUUAGUGCUGAUGGGUUUUGUUCAACAUCCAUGUCCAAUAGAAACAGACUUCUGUUUCCAGUUUCUGCUCUUUCUGAAAACCUUAGUAUUAAACACAAGUGUACUGUUUGUAUGUGAGGUGACCUCUUUUUAUUAUUGUAUCUUGCCCCUUUUGUAUAGGGUUGCCCUCUGGCUUUUGAAAUGAAACUGAUAGCAUUGCUAUACUAUGCCAUACUGUUCAUUUCUUUCCCUUUCUUUUCCAUACAGCAUUUAUUUAAGAUGCUGAGAACCAAGCUAUUAGUAAAAGGGAACCAGCUGGCAGUGGUUUUGUGGAGUAGUUUGGGAAAGACCCCAGAAAGGUGGUCUGUAAAGUAAUAUUCAUUAAUCUUGUUACAGUUCUCUGCUGAACAAAAGUGACUGCUAGAACAUUUGCAAUUAACCCUUUCUCGUAUCUGUCUCACUGAAGUAUGUAACAACUUAAGUUUCCCUCUCCUGUACUCUGAGCAAUGGGAAAAAUGUGCUCAUGCACAUGGAUAUAAAAUUUAUAUUCAUUCUGAAUUCAGCUGGUUGAUUUAACUUCUAAUGGCUAACUUGUUUGGCAGAAUUUUUUAGCAGCUAUGAGUGAUAGCUGUCUUGAAAGAUGUAGAAAAAAUUAACAACUGUUUGUAGCAGUAUUAAAGAAGUAAGAUAUAUAUACAGGAAAAAAAAAACUGACUGCUAAAUAUAUAUUUGAUAAAACAUACUGAGAAUUAUUAUUGUCCAAUAAGUGCUGCUACUUUUAUUAUGGAGAGUGUGCUCUGAAAACUUGAAAAACAUUUUGGAAAUAUUUGAGUUGAGGUCUUGUAAACCUAAAGUAAUAAAUUAAGGCUCUCUGAA